AUGGGAAUUGGGCUUUCGGCACAGGGUGUGAACAUGAACAGACUACCAGGUUGGGAUAAACAUUCAUAUGGUUACCAUGGAGAUGAUGGACAUUCAUUCUGUUCCUCUGGAACUGGACAACCCUACGGCCCAACGUUUACGACGGGUGAUGUCAUCGGUUGUUGUGUCAACCUUAUCAAUAAUACCUGCUUCUACACAAAGAAUGGACACAGCUUGGGCAUCGCUUUCACAGAUUUACCGCCAAACUUGUACCCUACAGUAGGGCUUCAAACACCUGGAGAGGUUGUGGAUGCUAAUUUUGGGCAACACCCGUUUGUAUUUGAUAUUGAAGACUAUAUGCGGGAGUGGAGAACCAAAAUUCAAGCACAGAUUGACAGAUUUCCAAUAGGAGAUCGGGAAGGAGAGUGGCAAACAAUGAUUCAGAAAAUGGUAUCAUCUUACUUAGUUCACCAUGGAUACUGUGCAACAGCAGAGGCAUUCGCCAGAUCCACAGACCAGACUGUGCUAGAAGAAUUAGCUUCCAUUAAAAAUAGACAAAGAAUUCAGAAAUUGGUUUUAGCAGGAAGAAUGGGAGAAGCCAUUGAAACAACACAACAGUUGUAUCCAAGUUUACUAGAAAGAAAUCCUAAUCUCUUAUUUGCAUUAAAAGUGCGCCAGUUUAUAGAGAUGGUGAAUGGUACCGACAGCGAAGUGCGGUGUUUGGGAGGCCACAGUCCAAAAUCUCAAGAUAGUUACCCUGUUAGCCCACGAUCGUUCAGUAGUCCUAGCAUGAGUCCCAGCCAUGGAAUGAAUAUUCACAAUUUGGCAACAGGCAAAGGGAGCAGCACACACUUUUCUGGGUUUGAAAGCAGUUGCAGUAACGGAGUAAUAUCAAAUAAAGCGCAUCAGUCUUACUGUCACAGUAAACACACCACCACCAGCUUGAAUGUACCAGAGCUCAACAACAUAAAUGCAUCAAGAUCACAGCAGGUUAACAGCUAUUCCAGCAAUGAUGUAGACAUGGAAACAGAUCACUACUCCAAUGGGGUUGCUGAGACUUCAUCCAAUGGCUUCCUAAAUGGUAGUUCUAAACAUGAUCACGAAAUGGAAGAAUGUGACACAGAAAUGGAAGUAGAUUCAAGUCAGUUAAGACGUCAGCUGUGUGGUGGCAGCCAAGCGGCUAUUGAAAGAAUGAUCCAUUUUGGGAGAGAAUUGCAAGCAAUGAGUGAGCAGCUAAGAAGAGAAUGUGGCAAAAACACGGCGAAUAAGAAAAUGCUCAAGGAUGCGUUCAGUUUACUUGCGUAUUCCGAUCCCUGGAGCAGCCCUGUUGGAAAUCAGCUUGACCCGAUACAGCGAGAACCGGUGUGCUCUGUACUCAAUAGUGCAAUACUCGAGACUCACAAUCUGCCAAAGCAACCGCCGCUUGCCCUAGCCAUGGGCCAAGCGUCGCAGUGUCUAGGAUUGAUGGCUCGAUCGGGAAUCGGAUCCUGCGCCUUCGCCACAGUGGAGGACUACCUACACUAGCUAUGCAGCCGAAGAGCGGGAAGGUGGUGUAUUCAACACGGAAAGCAGAGCCGCUCUGCUGACUGGAAUUUGGAAUUUUAAUUAUGUACUAAGGACAAGUCUGUCGCUUUAUGUUGCUUCCUAGUUUACAGCAUGAUGCAAAUGAUUUCUAACUUAGCGUUAGGAGAAAAUUUCCAUCUUUAAACCUCUUAGACAACUAAGAGUCGAAACUAUCACUGAUAAUGUCAGACAUCCAGAUCGACAAGUACCGAUCCUUGGAACGAUUGUCCAAAACAAACCAAAAACCCUGCUACCUUGUGGUGGGACGGAAUACAAAAUGGGGAUGUAUUAGCAUGUGGGUGAUGUAACCGUCGAGCAGGAUGACUUGCCAACCUCCACCUCCAUCGUUACAUAGUUCAAUCAGUGUAAUUUGCAAAGUGCAUAAACACCUGAUGGUUUGGAUAUAUAGUGUUGAUGGGAAGAAAUGAUAUUUUUUAAUGUGUACUGUAAAACUUGAAUUACUCAGGAGCUGAGUGAAUAUGUUUGUUGCUACUUACAAUCCCAACCUGUUGAUCUUAGUAGGUUUUUUUUUUUGUUUUAACAUGGUCUUUUCAACUUUGUUUCCUUGUUUAACUACAGACAGCUUCUGUUGUGUAGACUCACCAGUUUAACUGUUGUAUUAUAACAGUAUUACAUGUCAACACAGUGUGGUUAUGACCUAUUUAUAUAAAAACCAAAUAUUUAGUCAGUUUACAGUCUUAAUUUAAUCUUUGUACACCUUGCAUUUUUAAAAGUGCUUAAAUAGUACUAUAUUGCAAUAAAAUGUAGUGAUAUCAUAA